AUGUUCCUCCUUCUUUUGCUGGUUGUGCAUCUUAAUGGGCUGCAGGCAGGCCAGAAUUCUCAGAAAACCAUCCUGCAGACAACUGUUCCUGAAAAGAUCACAUCACCAGAUGUGGAAACAGAUCCAGAAAACCAUAUGGCUUAUCUUAUUACAAUAAAUGAAAACCCACAUUUCAUCCAUCUUAAAAAACAAUCAUUUAUAACUUCAACUGCAGUGGCUUAUACUUACGACAGAAAUGGUGUUCAACAUUCUCAAUCUUUGUCACAUCUGGAAAAUUGUAAUUACAAUGGAUAUGUUGCAGGUUUUCCAAAUUCUGUUGUGACACUCACCGUUUGCUCAGGACUCAGGGGAACAAUACAAUUUGAAAAUGUCUCCUAUGGAAUCGAACCUGUGGAAACCCUGUCAGGAUUUGUGCAUGUGAUCUACAAGAACACAAACGAGCAUGCUCAGAUUCCUGACUUAGGAAAGAAUCAGACGUACGGCUGGAUGGAUGAUUUAGAUUAUCAAUUCCGAAGCAAUGUGAAGAAAACUGGAUUUAUCUUGUUACGCCCACAAUUCAUUAAGAUGGAUAUCGUCGUGGACAAAAAGCUGUUUGAUUACAUGGGCUCUGACACUAAAGUCGUGCUACAGAAAGUCAUUCAGAUCAUCGGUUUCGUUAAUACUAUGCUCUCCAAGUUAAAACUGACUGUUGUAAUAAAUUCCAUUGAAAUCUGGUCGAAGGAAAACAGAAUUAAUUUCCCAGAGGCGCCCGAUAACUUAUUGGUUCAAUUUUUACUUUGGAAAAAUAAGUAUAGAUCACAACACAUUGCAUACUUACUGGCAUUUGAGGAGCAUCCUGCUUCCACAGGAGCCCUAUAUCCAGGGAAUCUGUGCAAACUGGAGUACAACUCUGCUGUUGCCCUGUAUCCGAAAGGUUUGUCGCUAGAAUCCUUUAGUGUCAUUGUCCUGCAGCUGCUGAGCAUUGGCAUGGGUUUAACUUACGACACUGACAACUGCCACUGUACAGGAGACGUUUGCCUAAUGACGCCCAAAGCAAUAUAUUCUGGGGGUAUGAAGGAUUUCAGUACUUGUAGCUUGGAUGACUUUAAAUACCUGUCAACAAGACAAGACCUUGGAUGUCUCCAGGACUUGCCUUUGGAAAAACGAAAGAAAACCCGCAGGCCAAGGCGAAUCUGUGGCAACGGGAUAAUGGAGAUGAACGAACAGUGCGACUGCGGCACUUUGAAGAACUGCACACACAGGAAAUGCUGUGACCCCAUGUCAUGCAGACUGAAGCCCAAGGCUAUAUGUGGUUCUGGGGAGUGCUGUUCUCAAGACUGCGUGUUAAAACCGGUUGAUGCACUUUGUAGACCGGCAGUAGAUGAAUGUGACUUUGUGGAGUACUGUAACGGAAAAGAUUCCUAUUGUGUCCCUAACACAUACUCACGUAAUGGGCAGUCUUGUGACGCAGGUCAAGCCUUCUGCUUUGGAGGAUAUUGUCGGACUAGUAACAAGCAAUGCAUGUGGUUGCUUGGGAAAUAUGUGAGAGGGGCUUCCUUUGCAUGCUAUGAAGAGUUCAAUACCAGAGGUGAUAGAUUUGGCAACUGUGGUCAAAGAUUUUGUACUUUCGAAAACACUCUCUGUGGGAAAUUAAUUUGUACUUGGCCAUUCAGGAGGCUAGUGAAGAAAGUCAAUUUUUCUGCGGCUUAUGGACAAGUCCGAGAUGACUUAUGCGUAUCUACGUAUAAAGGCGGGAGGGUACCUAAACCAACAGUAACAACAUAUUCCGACAUGUGGGACAGAGACGAAACAUUUGUACAAGAUGGCACCAUCUGUGGCCCUGAUAUGUUUUGUAUGGGAAUGGUAUGCACAGAAACUAGAUUUCACAUGGAUUUUGAACAAUGCAAUGCUACUAGAGAUUGUAACGAACAUGGGGUCUGCAACAAUUUUCAACACUGCCAUUGUGAUAGGGGUUAUAACCCUCCUUAUUGUGAGGAACACCCUGGACAGUUUGGAAGCAUUGAUGACGGGCACAAAAUUCAUGUUGAAGGUGGGAAGAGCUACAAGCAACAAAGCUAUGGUAUUCUUCCAAAGCAACGGCUUCAGCUCAUCCUCUAUAUAACUCUACCCUUAAUUAUGAUUAUUUCAGCUGUAGUUAUAAAGCAAAGUAAAGUGAGUCGUCAAUGCGGCAGAGAAAGAAGUGAAAGCAGCAGCUCUGAAACGGAAGACAGUGUGAGUAACACCAAGUUGACUACCAGCGGAGGAAGGUAA